AUGGCUUCCUCUUCUCCUGCUGCAGCAGCUGCCGCUGCAUCUGCUCUUGCCGCUCAACAAGGCUCUACCCCUACCCCCGCAGCAACUUCCCUUCAAUCCGCAGCGGCUGCCUCCGCCGCAGUUGUCUCCCACCAACACACACCUUCCGAUAAGGUAACUCCAAAAACAGAGACUACUGGUGCUGGUGCUGGUGGUGCUACUGCUCCAUCUACAACUCCUGCAACAACAACAACAACAUCAACAGCCACAACAACAACAGGCCAACAACAGCCACAACAACCCAUUUCAUCUGCAGUUUCUACUCCAGGUGGAUCUUCUUCACCAGCAACUUUACCUGUCUCGUCUACUUCCUCCUCUCAAUUGCCUAAACGUUCAACUAUCUCAAAGGGUAAAUAUACUCUCUCGGACUUUCAAAUCCUCCGUACCUUAGGAACUGGCUCCUUUGGACGUGUACAUCUUGUCCGCUCUGUCCAUAAUAACCGCUACUAUGCAAUCAAGGUACUUAAGAAAGUCCAGAUUGUUCGGAUGCGUCAGGUCGAACAUACCAAUGAUGAACGGCGCAUGCUUAAACUAGUUGAGCACCCGUUUCUUAUUCGCAUGUGGGGGACUUUCCAAGAUAGUAAGAAUUUGUUUAUGGUUAUGGAUUAUAUUGAGGGCGGUGAAUUAUUUUCUCUUUUGCGUAAAUCUCAACGUUUCCCUAACCCAGUGGCCAAGUUUUAUGCUGCAGAGGUGACGCUUGCCUUGGAGUACUUACACUCUCACAAUAUCAUUUAUCGUGACUUGAAGCCGGAAAAUAUUUUGCUUGAUAAAAAUGGUCAUAUUAAAAUUACUGAUUUUGGGUUUGCAAAGGAAGUGGCUGAUGUGACAUGGACUCUUUGUGGUACUCCAGAUUAUAUUGCUCCUGAAGUGGUGACCACCAAGGCCUACAAUAAGUCUGUAGAUUGGUGGAGUUUGGGUAUUUUGAUUUACGAAAUGCUGACAGGUUAUACUCCAUUUUAUGAUCACACUCCCAUGAAGACUUAUGAAAAGAUUUUGGUGGGUCGUGUGGAAUAUCCCUCCUUUUUGAACCCAGAUGCUGUUGACUUGCUACAGAGACUUAUCACUAAAGAUUUGACUCGUAGAUUGGGUAAUCUUCAAGGUGGUUCUCAAGAUGUAAAGACUCAUCCAUGGUUUGCAGAAGUUAUUUGGGAAAAACUCUUGUCAAAAGAUAUCGAAACACCUUAUGAACCUCCUAUCCAAUCAGGUGUUGGUGAUACAUCAUUGUUUGACCGGUAUCCCGAGGAAGAACUUGAUUAUGGGGUUACUUCACCAGACCCUUAUGCCAACUUGUUUACGGAUUUUUAA